CUUAUGCUUUUCAUCAGCAAAUAUAUACUUACAGAAUUCACAAUUUUAUCCCUCUCGAUUUCUUCUUCUUCUUCUCCACCUCCUCUCAGCUUCCCCUCCAUCCAUCAAAAACAGAUAAAAUAAUGUAUCAUCCGACCAGAGGCGGCGUUCGCGGCGGCCGAGAUCAAUUUAGCUGGGAUGAUGUCAAGGCCGAUAAACACAGAGAGAAUUAUCUUGGUCACAGUAUCAAAGCACCAGUUGGUAGAUGGCAGAAAGGAAAGGAUUUACACUGGUACGCCAGGGAUAAAAAAUCCGGGAGUUCGAAUGCAGAUUUCUUAAAAGAAGAGAUACAGAGAAUCAAGGAAGAGGAAGAACAGGCCAUGAGGGAGGCCCUUGGUUUAGCUCCAAAGCGCUCUAGCCGACCUCAAGGAAAUCGUCUUGAUAAACAUGAGUAUUCAGAACUUGUUAAGCGAGGUUCUACAGUAGAGGACUUGGGGGCUGGGCAUGCAGAAGCAGCACGGGUUGAUGGUCUUGGUUUCUCAAGGGCACCUCGGGCUUGGGAAGACCCAAGUACUCUUCCAUCUAUUGCCAAGGAGGCUUCACCUGAGCCAGUCAAGGUGGCUACGCGUGAUCCAUCAACAGGAAACUCUGAAGAAGAUAGACCAGAGGAGGAUGGAAGCAGCCGAAAGAAGAGGAGGCACGAGGAGAAGGAAAAGAAACAUGAAAAGCAUGAUAGGCGCGAGAAGCACCAUCCUCACGAUCCUGACAACUGGAGGAAACGCCUGAAAGACAAGGAGAGGAGGAGACACGACUCUGACUCAAACUAAAUAUCCAAUUCAUCUGGAUAUUUUAUCAUUCCUAAUAGUUCAUGAUAGAGAUGGGGCAAUUUGUUACUUUUGACUUUAACAUUUCUGAGGUUAACUUCAAGUAAGAUAUCAAGUGAUGUUAUUGUGUUA